AGGAAAAUCCGUAGAUUUGCAAGAUCUUUUGCUACGGCUCACAUUCGACAACAUAUGCGGCUUGGCUUUCGGGAAGGACCCGGAGACGCUGGCUGAAGGGCUGCCGGAAAACGCCUUCGCGCUGGCUUUCGACCGAGCCACCGAAGCCUCCCUUCAGCGCUUCAUUCUGCCUGAGGUGAUCUGGAAGGUCAAGAAAUGGCUUCGGCUCGGAAUGGAAGUCAGCUUGAGCCGCAGCCUCGAGCAGCUCGAUCAGUACAUGUCCCGCAUCAUCUCGGCGCGCCGGCUCGAGCUGACGGCUCAACAGAAAGACCAGCUCCACGACGACCUUCUCUCCAGGUUCAUGAAGAAAAAGGAAUCCUACGGGGACAAAACCCUGCAACACGUGGCACUCAACUUCAUCCUAGCUGGACGUGACACGUCAUCCGUCGCCCUUUGCUGGUUCUUCUCCCUCAUCAUGCAGAACCCAAAGGUGGAGGAGAAAAUCCUCCAUGAGGUCUGCUCCGUCCUGCUCGAGACACGUGGAUCCGACACGGCAGCAUGGCUGGACGAGCCGCUGCAGUUCGAGGAAGUUGACCGGCUGGUCUACCUGAAAGCCGCCUUGUCGGAAACCCUCCGGUUGUACCCGUCGGUCCCGGAGGACUCGAAGCAAGCAGUCGUCGACGACGUGCUUCCAGACGGGACAUUCGUUCCGGCGGGGUCAUCAAUAACGUACUCCAUAUACUCUGCCGGAAGGAUGGAGUCGACGUGGGGAGGGGACUGUCUUGAGUUUAAGCCAGAGAGGUGGCUGUCCGCCGACGGAAAGACGUUCGUGACGCACGACCAGUACCGGUUCGUGUCGUUCAACGCCGGUCCGAGGGUGUGUCUUGGGAAGGACUUGGCUUAUUUGCAAAUGAAGUCAAUCGCCGCCGCCGUGUUGCUCCGGCACCGGUUGACCCUGUCGCCGGGCCACAAAGUGGAGCAGAAAAUGUCGUUAACACUGUUCAUGAAAUAUGGGCUAAAAGUAGAUAUCCAUCCCAGAGACUUAAGCCCCAUUUUAGCCGGGAUUAAGGUUGUGGGUCAUCAAGAAAGUAGUGCAUAAAAAUACUUUUUUUACCAAAAACUUAAAAUAUUACAUACUUCAUGUAAAAGAGAAAUUUGGACUGGGCGGGUGGAUGGACGGGUACCCGACAAAGCCCGAACCGAAAAUCUCCCCUGAUUAUGGUGUAGUAAUUGAGGUUGGUGUGGUUGUUGGGAUGAUGAGUUAAUUAAGGAUUGGAGAUGGUAGAAGGGUAGCUGGUGCUAGUGUGAGCUUCCAUAAGUGCUGUGAGCCAUUUUGGGAGGUUUUUUCACAUGGAUGAUGAUUAAUGUUGUUUUGGCCUAAGAUGUGUCUAAUGGAUGGCAGCUCAAGACAUUGGUCUCAAGAUAGGUACAUCACAUUCAUUGCAGACAGGGUGUAUGGAGUUGGACAAAUUCUUGACUUUCUUGUGUGUAUUUAUUUACUCUUCUAUUCUUUCUUUCUUAUUUCAUUUUUUUGUUAUUACAAAAAAUUACUAUACCCAUCAAUAUUCUGUGUAGCUCUUUUCUUAAUUUGAUUCUUUUUUCUUUCAUAUAUAUGUUGGCCUGUCUUAGUUUUACUUUGAUAUGUUAAUAAGAAGCACCAUUUUGAGUCAUGCUUCGUAUUUAAGAUGUUUUUGCAUGGGCUUGCUUCUGUUUCAAACCAGUUUAGAUCAAAUCAUAUCAAACUUUGAUUGUUGUAA